AUGUCCUUUUUAUUCGGCGGCGGCGGCGGCGGCAGCGCUGCGAAUCCAUCAGCUCAAAUUGGCCAAUCAGAGGUCGUUAACUCAGCCACCACUGAGAUUGAAAUGAUUACAGACUUAUUCUCAAAACUCGUAAACAGCUGUCAUAAAAAGUGCAUUGAAUCCAACUACAAGGACAGUGAUCUUAAUAAAGCUGAAGGCGUCUGCUUGGAUCGCUGCGUUGGAAAAUAUUUUGAGACUUCGAAACUUGUUACAGAGCAGCUGCAAAAGCUACAACAACAACCCCAGUAG